AUGAAAGCACCCCAUUACAUCCUCCUCCUCAUCGUCAUCCAAGCCUUCCACCAUCUUCCGGCCAUCCUCGCCGUUAAAUAUGAGGCGCUGAACGAUGCAAAGAGUUAUCCGGGAGGGCAGAGGUUCGAGAAGGAGAUCGGAAUCCCAUACACAUUAGAGAUCAUGAAAGACAUCAACUACUUCAUCUGGGACAUUUUCCAGCAAUACGACGAAUCCGACAGGAAACCGGUGGAAGUCGCCAAGGUUUUCAUCCGGGAAUACGAUGGUGCGGAGGCGAUAACAUACGGCGAGAUGGUCAACGUCAGCUCGCUCUACUUACAAGGGUACCAAGGGAACCUCAAAUGGGAGUUCACAUCUCUCCUCCACCACGAGCUCACGCAUGUUUUCCAGUGGAACGGAGAGGGGAAGGCGCCGGUGGGCCUUGUCGAGGGCAUGGCCGAUUACAUGAUACUGAUAUCCAAUUAUUAUCCCAAGGGAUUCGCGAGCCGCGGGAUGGGGGAGAGGUGGGAUCAGGGUUAUGACUUCACGGCCAGAUUCUUGGAGUAUUGCGAGGAGUUGAAAUCGGGGUUUGUUGCGGCGUUGAAUAAGAAGAUUAGGUAUACUUGGUCUGAGGAUUUCUUUGUGGAGUUGAUGGGAAAGCCGGUGUCGCAGCUCUGGACGGAGUAUAAGGCUAAAUACGGAAAUAUCAAUUAA